AUGAGGAACGAAACGGGUGGUACCAUGGUCGUUGAUCUUGGCGAUGUUGGUCGCAAACCUAAAUAUGAUGAUCUAUUGAAAGCUGACCACGAAGGACUAUUCCCUCCCGGAGAUCCCAUCAUUACUAACACAAACUCAGCUCAUCAUCAUCGGUUCAGCAGCGUCUCAACCGCGACAAUGAGCAUCGGUCCGAACAGCGGAGAAGGUUCUCCUUGCGUUAUGUCUCCUUGGGCUCGUGUCUCGCCACCUUGGGUUGCAGAUUUCAAUGAAGACAAUGCUUUAGAGACCAAUGGUCUCAUUGGGUCCAUUGUACGUGAAGAAGGUCAUAUAUACUCGUUAGCCGCGUCUGGUGACCUUCUCUACACGGGCUCGGACUCAAAGAACGUUAGGGUUUGGAAGAAUUUGAAGGACUACGCAGGGUUUAAAUCGAGUAGUGGCCUCGUAAAAGCUAUUGUGAUAUGUGGAGACCGGGUCUUUACAGGCCACCAAGAUGGUAAGAUCCGGAUAUGGAAAGUUUCUAAAAGAAAACCGGGUAAACACAAACGUGUUGGAACGUUGCCCACGUUUAAAUCGAUGGUUAAAACCACCGUGAACCCUAAAAAUAUCAUGGAGGGACGUCGUAAUAAAAACGCCAAGAAAAAGAAGCAUAAGGACGCUGUGUCGAGUCUCAGCAUGGACGUGGAGGUUGGUUUGUUGUACUCAAGUUCUUGGGAUAGGACGAUCAAAGUGUGGAGAAUCUCUGACUCAAAAUGUUUGGAAUCUAUUCAAGCGCAUGAUGACGCUAUAAACUCGGUUAUGUUCGGUUUUGAUGACUUGGUGUUCACGGGAUCUGCGGAUGGAACUGUUAAAAUGUGGAAACGUGAGAUGCAAGGCAAAGGAACUAAGCAUGUGUUGGAACAAGUUUUGCUCAAGCAAGAAAACGCUGUCACCGCAUUGGCGGUUAUACCGAAGUCUUCGAUGGUUUAUUCCGGUUCAUCUGACGGUUUAGUUAACUAUUGGGAACGUUCGAAGGGUUUAUUCAUUGGUGGAGUACUAAAAGGACAUAAGUCGGCAGUGUUAUGUCUUCAUGUAGCGGGGAACUUGUUGUUGAGUGGUGCUGCCGACAAGAACAUAUGUGUCUGGAGGCGGGACCCGUCUGAUGGGUCUCAUGACUGUGUGUCGGUUUUGACGGGGCACACGGGACCGGUUAAGUGUUUAGCCGUGGAGGAGGAACAAGCUUACUAUAGUGGAGGAAAAGUAUGUACGGUUAACGAGGGAGACAGGAAGUGGAUUGUAUAUAGUGGGAGUUUGGACAAGUCGGUGAAAGUUUGGCGUGUGUUGGAUAGGAUGGCGACGUGUAGGGAAGUGGACGAGCCAGAAGCAUCUUCAGGGAGGAAGAGUUCUUUGUCUACACAUGAAGGGAGUGGCGCGUGGAGUUCAUUUUGA